AUGAAGAUGGAAGACCUACAUGACCUCCAGGGUCUCACGAUAGAGGAUCUCCGAAAACUCGACAACGAUGCGUCGGACGAAAUGAUUGAGCGGGUUCUCCCCGCGCGACCCCAGGCAUCGCUCACCAGCUUGGCGCCGCGUCUACGCGCCUAUAAUAACUCGAUGCUGGUUCCCAACAUCCCCUCAGCCACCUCUGGACCCAUAGCGCGGACGACGAAGCGCGGAACGACCAUUAUCAACUACGCCGAGGACGGCUUCGAUGAUCUCGACGACGACGACGACGACUCGAGGAGGCGCCCGUCCGGUCUGAGGAGUUCGAGAAGAGGAGGGGACGACUCGGCGGCGAAGCAGGAUUUCUCUGACAAAAUCGGCAAGGAAGCGACGGAGCCCGUGGUCCUCAACGGCCAAUGGCGCGAUUGGAUGGUCCGGACCAAGAUGCUCCGCAGCGACCGACAGGGCGCUGCGCAGUCGGACCUGCCCCUCACUUUGAUCCCUAUUCGCAUCGACGUCGAGAUCCCUAGCUUUACGCCUCAACCCCCUUCCCCCGCCCCCGAACGGGCUGCGCGACUUUUCCUGUGGAACCUCCACGAGGCGUUGAUCACGACGGACCAGUUCGCCCUGACGCUGGUGCAGGACCUCGACCUCCCCAACACGCGCUACCUCGCCGGCGAGAUCAGCAGGCAGAUUCGCACACAGCUCGAGGAGUACGCGGGUGUCGCCCUACACCCGCUCUUCCACGCGCAGCGAGACCCCGCCGACGCGACGCAGCGGACGACCAUCGCCUCCUCCAAGAGCGGGCUCAACACGCCGACACCGGCGCCGGGGGCGUCCGCGGCCCUGGUUUCCAACACGCCCGGCCCCGAAGUCACGGCCAAGGCGACGCGGCUCGCGCAGGACCAGGACGAUCUCCUCAACCCCGACGACGCGUAUCGGUGCCUCGUCUCCCUCAACAUCACCCUUGGCUCGACACUCUACACGGACAAGUUCGAGUGGUCCCUGCUUCACCCGCCGGGCAUGGCCGACGCCUUUGCCAAGCAGACGUGCGCGGAUCUAGGCCUCCACGGCGAGUGGGUGCCCGCCAUCACCCACGGCAUCUACGAAGCCGUCCUGAAGCUGAAGAAGGAGGCCUGCGAGUCCGGCGGCGUCGUCGGCGGCUGGAGCGGCUUCCAGCAGGAGGUGGCCAACGACUCGACGCACGGCGCCGAGGCCGGCGUGCGCUACGACCCGGAGAACCUGGGCGCCGACUGGCAGCCCAACAUCGAGGUCCUGACCAAGGAGGAGAUGGAGCGGCGCGAGGGCGACCACGAGCGCCAGCUCCGCCGCCUGCGCCGCGAAACCGCCCGCUUCAGCUCUACCUCGGGCCUCGUCGGCGGCGUCCCCUUCUCCGGCUUCGGCGCCGUCGUGGAGGCCGAGGAGGAGCGCAUGGGCCGCGGCGAGCGCAACAAGAAGAAGAGGCGGCAGACUCUGCGCAGCUUGAGCCCCUUGCGCUCGGGCACGCCCGGCGGCAGAGACCCUCUGCCACAACUGCGGCUACCUCGUACCUUUUUCAUCCGCGAGGCCAAGCUGCGCAUCAUCAGGGCGGCGGUCGGCAAGGAUUUGAGGCACGGCAACAGCAACAGCCCGUACACGUCGCCGCCCAACGUCGUGGAGUAA